AAGUUUGCCGGGACAGUGAGGAAUAUAAUGAAAAUUAUAUGCAAAACUUUGAAGAACAUAGGUCUGCACAGCAAGCUAUUGAUAAAAGGAAAAAUUCAGUAACAACAAAUAACGUAAAAUCGCCCUUGAAAGGGAGCACAAAUAUGACAUGGACAAUUACUGAAAAUUUUGUUAAAAUUCAAGAAGAAAUACGUGUGAAGCUUGAACACAUGGAAGUUAAGUUAGACCGGAUCCUAAAUAAGCUCUUCUCAGAGGAAAUAAAAUUAAACACAUCACACGGAAUCCCAGCAUUUCCUCUACGUACAGAAGAAGAAUGGGAACAAAUGGAAGAAAUUCUCACAGAUGAUAAUGCAUUUAUAUACGUGAUGUAUUAG